UAGCACUUUACACAUUCAAUCGCCUCAAAGAAGGUGCAAAUGUCAUCUCACUUGGGCUAUUCAAGUAAUUCCCGGAAUAAAUUCAGGCUUGAUGAUAUUUUAAAUUCAUUAUUUUGAUCUCGACGGAUUGCAAACCAGUUCUUGUUUGAAAGUAACUACAGUGAGAAGAAGAUUCGGUCCUUUCUAAAUUUGAAACUGUGAGAUCCAGGGAGCUGAAGUUAAAAGAAAGACCUUCGUUCUGUACUAACACUAUUGCAUUAGCACAAUAUCAGGCGUACAAGAUGAAUCGAGUAUCAAUGUUGGUACUGUUCGUAAUGGCAACCUUAAUCCGAUGUCGAGGAACAACUAUUGCAAGACGGCCUAACAUGUCGAAAACUCCAUUGCCAUUACGUUCUUCCUUUCAAAACAUAUCAACUCAAGCUACUGUCAACGAAACGAGCAGAGUGAACCGGCCUUGCAUUCAAGAUACUCUUCUGCCUCCAAGCUUCAAAGGUUUGCGGAAAAUUUGGUCAGAACAUAAAUAUGUCUUGCAAAUCAAUGCCAAUGGAGCAGUAAAUGGUACAUCUGACAUGGCAAGUCCUUAUGCUCAACUGGAAUUGGAAUCGCUCGGAAAAGGCUUAUUUAGAGCAAAAGGAGUUACUGCAAAACGUUAUCUUUCAAUGGAUCGCCUCGGAAGACUUUAUACAAGGAAAAUCCCAAGCUUGGAGAGUGUAUUCAAGAAGAUUCCGGCAGAUAAAGGAUUUGUAGCAUACAAAAACUAUGUUCAUUGCUGGUACAUAGGACUUAAGAGAAAUGGACAGCCAAAAAGAGGCAACAGAGUUCACAAAGAUCAACAUAGCGCGCAUUUCCUUGAACUUCAAGGUAGCCAUUAAACUGAACCGAGAGACUGGGUGAAACUCUUAUCAUCCAGACAAUUCAGCAAAACGAAGACAAAUUUAUAAUAACAAUUAUUAAGAAAGACUGAAAACCAUUGAUCCGUCUUUAACUGAUAGCAAAACAACAACAACAACAGAUAAUUGGACUACAAAAAAUAUUACAACAAUCAUUCAUGAACUAAUAGAGGUUAUAUUCAAAUUGCAUAUAAUAGUAAAAAACCUGAAACAUUCAACAGUACGGAAUGUGUAAGUGUUACCACGGUCUAUUUGCGUUGUUUAACGAUAGUAAAAAAAGGAAAAUUGAAGGUCGUUUUGUACAAUUAAUCAGAAAUUAAAAAACUUCUAUAUCACGCUAUUUAAAAACAAUUUAAAUACUGUAAUGAAUGUUAAGUCAAACGGGUUUUCCGAGACACUCUUACUUUAGCAAAGCGAAUAUAUGUGUCCAUAUUUGUGGUGUUUUUAGAACACUGGGCCCGGAUGUACGAAGUGUGGAUAGCCAAUAAGUAAAUCUCGGUAUGUAUAUAAUAAAGUAAUGUUGUUUCUUCUUAA